GGACAGAGAGAGAGAGCAAGAGAGAGAGAAGCAGGCGGGGGAGCGCGAGCCAGCAGCGGAGAGAGAAGACUCGGUAGAGCGCGCGGAGGGAGAGAGAGAGAGAGAGAGAGAGAGAGCUAGAGAGAGAGCGAUAGUGAACGAGAGGAGAGAGAGCGACGACCGUCCGUGUACCUGAGGGACGGACGACACGAAGAGGGGGAGGACUGAGCGAGUGAUCAUCCGACAGACAGGCAGACAGAUUGAAUGAAGCUGCACCCGGUGCUUCUGACAGAUUUUCCUAUGUUUUGAUUUGCUCCGUUUUUUUACCUUCUAAACCUGGUUCCACCGAGCUGCUCUCAGCCAUGCCGUCCAACAGUCCUGCAGCCGCCGAACCGCCGGAGACACCGGAGAACGACAUCGCCAAUGACGUGAAGGAAGAUGGAGCAGACCAUGACAGUCCAGAGGAAGGGACACCAGCGAGCCCCCGCACCAAGCGCAGAGUGGGUCGUCCCGGCAGGAAACGCAAACAGCUGCUUCCUGAGAUGGCGACCUCUGACCCCUGUGUAAACGCCCCCCCGACCCCGCCUGAGGAGCCGGAGCCCUCCCUCUCUCCUCGCAAGAAGCGUGGGCGUCGGAAACUAGAGCAAACCGAGAAGAAUAAGGACGAGCCAGACGACAGCAACUGUGACUCCCCCGGAGAGGGUGAGACUGGCAGGCUGCGGAGGAGGCCAGUCCCCAGAGUGACUUUCCAGGCCGGAGAUCCAUACCACAUCAGCAAGAGACAGAGAGAAGAAUGGCUCAGCCGCUGGAAGAUGGAGGCAGAGCGACGGGCGUACAGAGAGGCGGAGAUGAACAUGAUGGACGAUCUAUCAGAAGGCGACUGUCAGAAGGAGGAGGAGUCAGCCAGCCCAGCCCCUCCCCCUUCACAACAACAAACAGCCCCCGCCUCACCAACAGUUGCUGUGACACCGGAGCCAGUUGCCAGUGGAGAAAGGCCCACGCCCAGGGAGAUAGAGUACCAGGAUGACCGGGGGUUUGGCAUCGGUGUUCUGGUGUUCGGGAAGCUGCGAGGUUUCUCUUGGUGGCCCGGCAGAAUCGUCUCCUGGUUGAUGAGCGGCCGAAGUCGAGCUGCAGACGGAACUCGCUGGGUGAUGUGGUUUGGAGACGGCAAGUUCUCAGUGGUUUGUGUGGAGAAGCUGAUGCUUCUGAGCUCUUUCUCAUCUGCCUUCCACCAGCCCACCUACAACAAACAGUCCAUGUACCGGAAAGCCAUCUUUGAGGCUCUGCAGGUGGCCAGUGAACGGGCGGGGAGGCCAGUUCCUUCCAGUGAUGCGAGCGAUGAUGCAGAUGGGGUGGAGAUUCAAACCAGACAGAUGAUAGAGUGGGCCAUGACUGCCUUCCCACCCAAGGGUCCACAAUCACUGGAGCCUCCGGAGGAGGAACGAAAUCCAUAUAAGAAAGUGUACCCGGAGAUGUGGUCGGAACCUGAGGCAGCGUACACGCCUCCACCCACCAAGAAACCGCGCAAGAACUUAGCUGAAAAAGCAAAGAUCAGAGAGGUGAUCGACGAAGGGACCAGAGAGCGACUCGUAUGCGAGAUCAAAGAGAAGACCAGGAACAUAGACGAUAUCUGCAUCUCCUGUGGAAGCCUCAAUGUCUCUCAGGAGCAUCCUCUCUUCGGAGGAGCAUUGUGUCAGGGCUGCAAAAACUCGUUCCUGGAGUGUGCCUACCAGUACGACGACGACGGCUACCAGUCCUACUGCACCAUCUGCUGUGGAGGCAGAGAGGUGCUAAUGUGUGGCAACAACAACUGCUGUAGGUGUUUCUGUGUGGAGUGCGUGGAUCUGAUGGUGGGUGCCGGCUCGGCGGCGAUAGCCAUCAAAGAAGACCCCUGGAACUGCUUCAUGUGCGGUCCCCGGAACACCUUCGGGUUACUGCGGCGGCGGGACGACUGGCCCUGCAGACUACAACACUUCUUCGCCAACAACCAUGAACAGAACUUUGAGCCAGCCAAGUUGUAUCCUCCCGUUUCAGCAGAGAAGAGGAAACCAAUCAGAGUUCUCUCCCUGUUUGAUGGCAUUGCCACAGGUCUGUUGGUGCUGAAAGAUUUGGGCAUGCAGGUUGGCAAGUACGUGGCGUCUGAGGUGUGUGAGGACUCCAUCACUGUCGGCAUGGUCCGACACCAGGGUCGCAUCAUGUACGUUGGUGACGUACGUAACGUAACACGCAAACAUAUCGAGGAGUGGGGGCCAUUCGACCUGGUGAUAGGAGGAAGCCCCUGCAACGACCUCUCCAUAGUCAACCCAGCGAGGAAAGGCCUUUUCGAGGGAACAGGAAGGUUGUUUUUCGAGUUUUACCGCCUGCUGCACGAGGCUCGACCAAAAACGGGUGACGAGCGUCCAUUCUACUGGCUGUUUGAGAACGUGGUGGCAAUGGGAGUCAGCGACAAACGGGACAUCUCCCGCUUUUUAGAGUGUAACCCAGUGAUGAUUGACGCCAAAGAGGUCUCUGCUGCCCACCGCGCUCGCUAUUUCUGGGGAAACCUGCCAGGCAUGUCCAGACCUUUGGCAGCCAUGAUGAAUGACAGGCUGGACCUACAAGAGUGCCUCGAGCACGGGCGCACAGCCAAGUUUGAGAAGUUGCGUACGAUAACGACACGCUCCAACUCUGUGAAGCAGGGGAAAGACGAGCAUUUCCCCGUCUUCAUGGACAGCAAGGAGGACAUCCUCUGGUGUACCGAGAUGGAAAGGGUGUUUGGUUUCCCUGUCCACUACACCGACGUGUCCAACAUGAGUCGUCUCGCCAGGCAAAGGCUGCUGGGUCGUUCCUGGAGCGUCCCCGUCAUCAGGCACCUCUUCGCCCCGCUCAAAGAGUACUUCGCCUGCAACUAGUCACAAACCAACUCUCUCUCAUACACACACACACACACACACAGAGUAUGUAAUAAUGACAGGCACACAGUAUAGAGCUUGCACAUGAAGGUUGGCACAGAGGUCCGGGCACACACACACACACACACACACACACACACACACACACACACAUACACACACACUGUAUAAGACUGCUUCCCUAGAUACCAUGUAGACCACUGACUGAUCAUAGUCCCCAGGUGCUACCUUGCUGAUUUACACACACACACACACACACACACACACAGGUGCAGGGUUUCUGUACCGUCUUCACACACAAGCUUCCUGUCCGACCUUGAAACUGAUGUCUUCUAGCUUUACUGUGUCAUAACAGCUGGGGUACGAACCUCCAGGGGGCCCAAAGCUUACAAAGAAACCCUAACCUUCUGUUUCCAAUAUCCUUGAAUCAACACACUUCUGACCCAAAACAUGUUACUGUAUUCAUGUAUAGUGAUAGUGCUGCAGGUGCAGUGCAAUGAACACAAAUAUACAAACACAAACAGCAGUUUAUGCUUUUGGUGCUGGUCAGGCAGCGAUAAAGUCCAAAUGGUGCAACUUUAAUACAACACUUUUAAAGUUUUUGAUGCCCGUGGAGACGGGACGGUCUCUGGUUGUUUUGUGUCCCUAAUUUAGCUUACAAGCAGGUGGGGGCAACACUAAGCAAGAGACGUGGAUUAUUAAGGUCUAUAUAUUUGUGAGAAGAAAAAAAAAAAUUGUCAAUAUGAUUAAAUAGAUUCAUAUUUAGUAAAUCAGACUGUAAUUUGUUAUGUUGCUUUUGUUGGAAAAGCUGCUCUGGAGUAACAAAUAAUUGACAAAUUUAAAACGGAAGUUUGUGUCGCAAAAUAAUACAAAAAAAGGUAUUUUUCUGAGGGAGACCACGUUUCUCUGAAAUCUUGUCAGUCAUUCCCGCAAUAUGAAAUACGAAAAUAAUAUAUAUAUAUAUAUGCUUUGGUGAAUAUGGGGCGGUAUUCUGCACACUUGUAGCAUUUUAACACACUCGCAUGUGUAUUGCAUUGGUUACUGUUAACUGUUGCUCAAUCGAUGUUCAUUGAGUUCAUCGUAAUAGAGCAAACUGAUACUGUAUGUCACUUUAUCAUGUCACUUGCCUGAUAGAAGCUUUAUACUCACAAUACUUUGGCCUUUGAGAUUGGAUGUUACAUUUAAUAUCUGCAUAAAGUGCCAGGAAACAUAUCUGGAUCGUAGAUGUCAGAAGACUGUAACCAACCUUAGCCGACUUAUUACUUCAUUUGACUUAUCCUGCGGUGAAGAGAACACGGUUGAUGUGCUGAUGUUCUGGAGUGAAGUUUGUGUUCAGAUAAUCUAUAGACAAGCAGUUAUACUGUGAAACGAGGCUGUAACGUAGUCUUUCUAUGUAGCCUUGUUGUAGCCCUGUGACCUUUAAGAUCAUGAACACCUGCCAACGUCAUUUAAUUUUUUGUUGGCUAGCUAUUUAAAGGAUUGGAGAUUGUAUCUACAUUUUAUAUACAAUAUAUGUAUUGUUCAUGGCAUUGUUAAAUACACACACACACACAUACAUCUUUUUAUGACGCUGUUAUUACACCGCAUUACAUUUUGUGUCAAAUUCUCAAUAGCUAGACAGAAAUGUUUCAUUUGAAGAACAUUUGAAAAAACCUUCCUCCUUCCUGCCAGUUUCUCACACCAAUUUCUGGAUGUUUGCAAUUACUUACACACUUAUUGCGUAAUUAACACUCAGAGGUAAACAUCUCACUUCUGUGUCAAAGGUAAACGCUGCAAUCAAAACCUCACUUUUCAAAAUGGCACUUGUGCUACAAAAUGAAACACAGGAGCACCGUUUGAAUGAUUCUUUCAAAGACAACACACUGAUGUACCAACACGGCUUCUGUUCCCUCACAAAGAGCUGACCUGAGGUCUGUUUGUAGUGUUCAGUUAGUGUGGAGGUGUUCAGGUGUGUGUCGCAGUUUGAAUACGAAGUGUUUCCCCAAUCAUUGCAAGAGAUUUCAAAAGUUGUGGAACUGCAAACAAAAUUGCAAAUCAAAAAAUGUGUUUGUACUUUUGGUGCCGUUGUCCAUGGUUACCAAAGUACAAACAAUUUUGAUGCUUUUGUCGACGGAUUCACUUUAAGCAAUUGGAAAAAGAAAAGCCUGUCACAGGUUUUGCUCUGAGGCACGAUGAACCCAACAAGUUUAAAUUCAUCCAGUGAGAUUAUUCCUCCCUCCAGAGCAGCUCUGCCUCGAGGAACAUUAAACUGAAAACCUUUUAGGGAGUUCCGAGUCUCGCUCACACUCAGUGGGGAGUAAACCUGGACCGUCGUGACUAAUAUGCAGCUUCACUUCUUCUUGUCUGGUGAAAAAGUAAAAACUAGGCACAGUCCUCCGGCUCUUGCAGUUACGCUCCCACUUUGCUUCUUAGGGAUCCAAAAUGUCCUCCUGUUACAGCAGCGACAUCCACUGAAACCAGAGCCAGGCCUUUACUGUGUCAACACAAUGCUGGUUUUCUACUUCCUACGACUGAGACAGACAGCCCUGUGUGAAUAACUGAUGCUUGCUUAUACCAUAUGCCUGUGUCAGGGUUUCUUAUGCCUUUUUGCCCAAUGCAUGCUGGGAUAAACUCUGUGACCAUGAAUAGGAAUAAGCAAGUGAAGAAAAUGGCUCGUCAUGAUAUAGAAUGCGUGUGUGUGUGUGUGUGUGUGUGUGUGUGUGUGUGUGUGUGUGUGUGUGGACGUCCCUUCAUUCUGGUGUCUUGUUUACACAGGGCUGUCUUUAGAGCAAACAUCUCUUUCAGUCUGGUGCUUUUGGUCUUCAGGUGACCAUCUUUUUCCAGGAAGCCUUCCGAUCCUCUGACCUUCCUCAGAUACCAGCGAACAACUGGACACAUGCAGUCUAUGCUGACAGACACACACACACACACACACACACACUCACACACAGAUACAAAAAACAGCAACAAACCAGCAGGUUUAACUUUUUUUUCCAUCAUGUUUACUCUUCGAUUAUACAACCAACCUUCAGGUGCUUUUAAAACUCUUUUUUACAGUUCUCAUGCAGGUUACACACACACGCACACACACACACACACAUUUGCUGGAAACACAGUGCCGACAUUCACGCUUUCUCUACACUCCUUUAGCUACGUAAAAAAAUCAACACACACACACAUGCAUACACACUGUGUUUUUGCCCGCAGCCUGUUGCCAACAGGCUUCCCACGGCGCCGCCGGGUGUGACAUCAGUACCCUGCGUCGCUUGGUGCUCCCAAACCUCAACCCCAGACCCCCUCCCUCCCCCCGAACCCCUCCGGUGCUGCAUGUCAGUCAGUCAGUGUAAUCUCCGAUUCCAUGUUAGAUUAGGGAGUAAUGAUAAUAAUAAUCAUGGUAAUAAUAAUUACAAUAAUAAUCUGUUAUUGUGUGUGUGUACUGUUCCAGGUUGGUGCUCAGUUCAGUUCAGUCUCAGUCGAGAGGGGAGAGAGCAAGGCUAGAGAAAGCAUAUAUUACAGUUAGUAUAGUGACUUGUUCUAUUGUACCCAAUGAUGCCGGAAGAAAUGUUGAACCGAAGAGCUAAUGGACUCUCAAACAAGAGCGAGUUGAAAUAACGCGGAAGGAAGCGUGCGUUGUAGCAGAGGAAACUAUCAAUAUUCUUAAUCAAUACAUACUCAAGAAUAAUAUCUGAAAGGAUCCGGGUGAGAACUCUCUCCUUUUCAGAACAAGUGUUAAAGUUAAAAUUAAAACAAAUGGCAGACAAAUAACGGAAGGUUCAAAACCUCUCACGGGGUGCUGAAAUAACUGAGGGGUCACCAGAUGAUUUAAGGGUUAAAGAAACACAUUUAUCACGGAAAAAAUAUAUUUUUUCGUACUAAAAAAACUUUAUUUUUUGCUUUUCUUUGCUUAAUAUUGAAUACCCUGACCUCCUUUGGGUUUAUACGAAUCCACCUAAAGGAGACACAUACAACCAAACAGAUUACUGUGUUAUGGCUUAAUAAACAAAUCCAGACCAAAAAGAGAGAUUUAACUCUGGACUUUAAAGAAGAUGCCAUUUUUAAUUAAUGAGCUCCUGUCUACUUGGAGUCCGAUCUGAUAUCUAAAAUUGGACCUCUCUUUAGUGCUAAUGAGAUGUUUGUAAACAGGAAGACAUGAAACGCUGUGUCGUCUUUAAAUUGAAUUUCGAAGGAUACUAUAUAUUAUACAUGAAACACGUUUCCUGAAAUAAUAUCGACAUAUUAAAUCUGUUGUUGCUUUAUUGUAAAAGAAAGUGGAAAACCACCACGUCUGCUCAUUUCCGCGUAAUUUCCUCCUGCAUCAGUUUGAGAGUGAAAGAGAGGAAUGGAGUCGAUACUUUCAAACGAUGUGUGACGCGGUGAUGAUGUUUCUGUUCGCCUGUCAACAGCUUUUAGGCUGAAUGAUGCGCUGUUUUCAACACUGAUACAUUUACAAACACAUAAAUCCCACUCACACACACACACACACACACACACACACACACGGUUAUUAACACACAGACGUAGAGACACAUGCAUCACACCUACAAAGACAGAGCAGACACUCAUCUCAUGGACUAAAGGAAAGAUGAGCUUUUAAGAAAAGGAGGACCUGGUGGUGUUUCAAAAGGUGCUACAAUUUUAUCUGAAAAUAAGAAAAGUAUAUUGUUAGGAGUAUAAAUCAAGUUUGUCUUUACAAUGACUGUAUUUAAGUUUGUCGUAGUAAUGAAAAGGCACUAUUAUUAUUUUACUCUUGUAUGAAUAUGAACUAAUUAAAAAGGCAUUUUAACUUUGUACUUGAACAAUGUAAGAAAUGAACCGUGAAUAAAAAAAAAAGACUGUUUCUUGUGA